AUGAAUCCGAGAUACAAUUAUCCAAAAAGAUCUGUUUCUAGUAUGGAUAGAUAAUAAAUAUUGAGAGCUUUGGGAAGUAAUCCGUCUGAUAAAGAGAUUGAGUAUACGGCAUACGAAUAUGAUCUCAAGCCUCGUACAAUCAAAUCUUGGCUAAAGCAGAAAUCUAAAAAUUACAACAAAGCAUCAGAAUCGGAUGAAGAUUAUCAAAGCAAUGGAAAAAAAACUAAAGCAGACAAGGAGCUUCUAGAUUUUGAAAGAAAUUUUAACUAAAAUUCUGAUGCCUAUCACUAUGAAAUAAAAAGUAUGGAUCUCUUGAAGAAUGCCAAAAACUUGAAUUAAUAAGAGUGUGAAAAACCUUAAGUGAUACAAUAAUAAAAGCAACAAUCAACUCCACAAUAAUCUAUUAACCCGUUGAGUAGUGAUGAUUUUUUUACCAUGAAAAUUGAUAAACUACAAUAAUAAUAAUCAUAAAAAUUUUCACUCUAAAAUUUUGAUGCCCUUUUAUUAUUAUUAGAUUAAGAUGAUGAAAUACAUCAUAUGGUAACCUUACUACGGAAUCAGGAAAAAUAAAUUGAAGAAUUGAAAAAGACUCAAUCAGAAAUACUAGAAUAUAUGUGUUCACAUUUGACAAAGAAACCAAAGAAGAUUUGA